AUGGCUGCAUACAUUUCUUCUCAGGAAAGGUUUGGCGGUGUGGCUAAAUUGAGAAAUCUAAAGGUUGACCACGAUUUAGUGACUGCUUUGGUAGAUAGGUGGAGGCCUGAAACACACACAUUUCAUUUUCCAACUAGAGAAUGCACCAUAAACUUGGAAGAUGUGUUACUUCAAUUGGGGCUUUGUGUCGAUGAACCCCCUAUCAUUGGUCUAACUAUGUUGGAUUGGGACGAGAAGUGUGAUACCUUAUUGGGUAUAGCACCGAUUAAGGGGGAAUCGAUUGUCGGUUUUAUGAUCAAACUAAAAUGGUUAGGGGAUAAUUUGUUGCCUAUAGAUGAAAAUUUCAGUAUUGAGGUCAUUCAUGCACAUGCUAGAGCUCUUAUAUUAGGGCUGAUUGGAGGGUUUUAA